AUGAUUGACACAAAUCCCUCUAAGUCCUUCUACGUGGGCCCUUACGACCGCACGAGAAUCGAUUUGGUGGAGCAGGGAACAACUUCAAGAAUUGAGAAGGAAGGCUGCUGGCGUAAAAUCAGUCAGAAGAGAGCCAACGAUUGGGAAGCUAGCUCGAUUGACGCUGAAUCGCGCGAUGACAGCGAAGUUUUCACUGAAACCUCUACAUUUCCGCAGAGGCUAGUCUUCGGCGAAUGGAGCCACUGGACCGAAUGGACGCCAUGCAUGAAUGGAGAAAGAAGCCGUAUCCGAGCAUGCAGUUCAAAACGACCGGCUCUACGAAUCGUCUGUCAUGGAGAAGCUAAAGAGGUUCAACGGUGCUUCUCUAUGGUCGAGGCGCAUAUACCUGUCGCCGAAGAUCCAUGGUCGAUCGAACGUGAGAUCAGUGGCAACUUUAAGAUCUGA